AUGAAAGUUCAGCGGAGCCGGCGGCAGCGGCAACAGGAAGCUGAAGCCCCGGAAAAUGCUGAGAGCGAGACACUCGGGCAAAACGAGAAGUCCUCUCAAAGAGGCGAAGACAAGAAGAAAACCAUCUUCCCAUUCCUAAAGCCCGAAACUGUCAAAAUCCGCAUCUACAAGCUCCUCGUGGUCGAGACAAAGCUUUGUAUCUGGCCAGCAACCAAAGCAGGCCGAGAGCAGCCUGACAUCUCGAUGGUGUGCAAAGAAAUUCGAAGAGCUGUUCUUCCGAUCUACUAUGGCGAGAACACAUUCGCGGUGGAUAUUGCUCCAUCCAACGCGCCAGCUGUGGUCAAGAAGACAGGCUCCGCGCCAGCCAGAGAACCAUUGACGGGACUUGUUGCGGUGCAGAAGUGGGCUGAGGUCUUGAGUACCAAGCACAAUGAGGGUGGGAAGUGGUUCGGUAUGGUGAGGAAUUGGUGCUUCAGUUAUCGCGAUCCUUUAGCUGGAUUUGGCGGUCGGGGAACUGUCCCUGGCACAGUGGAGGGCAAGCGGGACUUCAUCGUGAAUGUGCAGGUCAGCACAAAGCGCGACAGCACAGUCGAUGAUGGCGAGGCAGGCGGCGUACGCCAAAGCGCUCGCGCUGGUCCCAUUGUUGAGGUACAUCGCGAAGCUGCGUGCAUCAUGCCAGGAUGGAGCGAUUGUGGCAGAUGCAUGGUUCAGACGACUCCUGAGAUUCUGGUGGUGGCAAUCCAAAACUGGUUGCGAAGUGAUCGCAAGGCCUCCGAGGGUCUUGAAGAGCUUGUGCUGGAGAUGAGGAAGAUGGUCGAUGGACUUCCGGCAGCUUGCUGCACAAGGACGCCGCCCAACGGUGAGCGUCCAGUUCUUCUUCCAUGAGAGACUCCAGCAUAUGGGCAAAGCCUUGCGUCCUUCGGCCUCGAUGGCGCUUCUAUCGCCUGCAGUAGCCACACCUUUGCGUCCUGUAGCCAGCACAUGUAGACAUUUGCAAAAAGACUUUCCCCUCUCAACCCACAACCUCCCUCAACGCCUUCUUGACCUCCACCCUCUGCCUCUCCUCCUCCCACCCCUCCCCAUCAGCCCUAACAAGCAACCUUCCAAUCGCAACCGUCUCCCUCACACUCCCACUAUCCACCCAAACUCUCCCAUUCCUCCCCACCGCAACCUCGAAUUUCAGCUUCUCUCCCACAACAUCCAGCACCACAACUCCACCCUUUUUCCCACCCAACAUCAACCUCCUGGCAAACCCCGCACUAACAUCAAACACCAUCCCUCCAGUCAAAGGCCCCAUCCCCUCUCCCUUUCCAGUAUUCGAAUUCACGCAUUCGAUCUCCGUAUCAUCCCAUUUAUUCACUUUCGAUACACGCGCAUAGACUAAAUCACCACUCUUCAAUUGUGGUCGGGUUUUUUUACUCGCGCCUUCGAAGGAGAGUUGGCCGAGUAAGGCGUAAGGUGUGUGGGGUGUCAGAGAGCAGUGGUAGGUAUCUGUACUGCUGUGGUGGAUUUGAGCGAUGACGAGAUCGUUCACGGCGGGGAGAUAGCGGCCAUUGGAGUGUUCGAGCCAGAGGGCGGAUUUUUUGUGGUCGACUUGGAGGGUGCCGGCGCUGGUGGAGAGGAGGGUUGAAGGUGGGAGGUGUCGGAGGUGAGGGCCGAGGGUGAGGGUGCCUUUCUUUGAUUUUGGAAGGAGUUCGGAGGGUAUGGGGUCUCCUGGAAGGAGAAUUGUCGAGGUCAUUGCUAUGUCCUUGCAAACAGAU